AUGGCCGGGCACCCUGUCAGUCGUGUCGGCAGAGUGGGAAGGACUGUAUGUUUCUUCAACGAGGCCAGCCGGACAAAGAUCGCGAUUUCCGCCGCCCGAGAGCUCGCACCUCUAUUGGUCGUCAAAGAAGUGGCCCAGUCACAACCGUCCCUGCGUCGUCUGAGCUGGACGGGACUUUCCAGACAAGUGAAUCCCCGGCACCGUUACCGGCACCGACAACGAGAGAAACGGGAGACUAUUCAACUACUCUCAUUCCAGACGCUAGAGAAAUUCUACCGCCCUUCGAAGAACUGA